AUGGCGCUCUGUAAAACCAAGGGAAUAUCCCCCUGCUCACCACCUGCAUGGAACCUUCCACAGAAGAAGAAGAAGAAGAAGAAGAAGAAGAAGAAGAAGAAGAAGAAUCCCCAAGCAAACACACCUACCGCCCUCCUUCCUUACUCCGUACAUAGUGCUUACAUCUUACUACAUGAACCAAACCAUCCUAUCGGAGAUGCCGAUAUGCGCUUCUUCAUGAUUACUAUCUUUGAUGACGAUGAUGAUGAUGAUGAUGAUGAUGAUGAUGAUGGUGGUGGUGGUGGUCGCCUUACCCUGACCCUCCCUACCUGUACUUCCCAUAAAAAUGACCUGUCCCAAACCGACUGGGGUACUACUAGUAUACUAGUGUUUAUUGCUAGUGAUUUUAGUACUACGUUCAGUUACUACUAUUCUUUGUUGAUGAGUACUGUCAUGUGGAUCGGACCAGAACUGAACUUGCAGUUGGCUGGCUGGCUAGCUGGCUGA